CAACAAAAAGUAUUAAAUUGAAUAUUAAAAACACUGUAUGCACUUAAUUUUCGUUUAUUCGCGUCGUUUCUCAAGUGUCUCUAAGGUGUGAAAUUUGUUGUACGGUGGAAAACGUUUUUCAAUUUGUUUUUUUUUUUACGGUGAUUUGAUUUUGUGACUCUGUGUUAAAAGAAGAUAACGAAGAGAGAAAAGUUCCCAAUUUCAUAUUGGGAACUUUUAUUGUGGAUCGUCAUUGGCUAUGGACACGGGGGACUGUUGUAUUGUAUUGAGGGCCCCCGGUGCCGUCGCCCCGUCGAAUACGACCGGUGAUCAAAUUGUUCCUGCACAUCCUGGUGAUUGUUGGUCAACCAACACAAUUAAUACGAUUAAUCAGUCACAGUAUAUUGAUUGGUUACAAAUGCAGACAAGUGAAUUGGAUGCCUUCCUGUGUAAACAGGAACUAGAUCGUUUACAACAAUUAGAAGAUGAAGCCGCUGAGUUAGAAAGUAAACCACGUCGUGAAUCUGCAUCACAAAUUGAUGAUUUCUUUGAGCCCCCAUCCCCCUUACAUCCCCACCAUCAUCAGCAUCACUCACAGCAUCAUCACCAAAGUUUUCAUCACACACAACUCACUUCACAUCAUCCCCAUCAUAAUCCUCACCAUCAUACGCAGCAUCAUGGCGCGCCGCAUGCUCAACGCAAUCAUCAUGUUCAAGGUCAAACACAAAAUAUCCAAUCACCAGGAAAUCAACAACAACAAUCAUAUCCGGUAACAAUGAGUUACGUCUCAAUGCGAUCAAUAUCCUCGAAUGAGGAUGAUGUAUUUCUACGACCACCUUUGUGGGAGGACAUUGCAUCAAGUAUACAAAAUAUUGAUCCAGAAAAUGCAAAUAUGUUGGGAACGUUAGCGGCGGCAGCUGGUUAUAACAAUGGUUCAGGAUUACAUCAAACAUCCCCACCCCCACCACAAAUACCAGUUGCACCGCAUGUGAAAUUAGAAGUAAUGGAUGAUCCAAUAUCGUCGUGUGCUCCAACGCCGUUAUUAAGUCCCUUAGAAAUUAAAACAGAAAAAAAUCUACCACAAAAUUCGACGACGUUGCAUUUAAUUGGAACGCCAAUAUCACCCUUUAGUAAUAAUAAUAAUAAUAAUAGUAAUUUUAAUAAUAAUAAUAAUAAUAAUAGUAAUUUCCCAUCAAUGGUUGGAAUGCAUCCUGUUGGAGUACAUAAUAGUCCUGUAAUAUCCUAUCAAAAAUACACGAAUAACAAUACAACUAGUAAUAAUAAUAAUCAAAUUGGUGUUCACAAUCAUAAUGGUGUGGGUCCUCCUCCUCCGGGAAUUCCACCUCCUGGGGGUGCACCUCCACCACUACCACCUGGGGGAACAGCUGCAAUAACAGCGCCAUCAUAUCCUAUGUCACGUUUAAUGUAUGGUUCACCGUUAACACCACCAAGCUCGGAGCCAGGAUCACCUGGUGGUAAUACAUUACAGCAAGGCGGACCACCACGACGAACUCCGCCUCCACCAUAUCCUGCACCAAUCGGUGUACCAUCAAGUGGUGGUCAUCCACCAACGUCACAACAACCCCCGCCGCCGCCACCUCCGCCAACAGUUUUACAUCCUGCAGUGAUCAAUCAACAGCAAACGCAACAAAGUUCACAUCCGCCACCACCUCAUAGUCAUAGAAUCACACAACAUUCGACGCAUGUUACAAAGUUUAAUAGACGUAAUAAUCCCGAAUUGGAGAAGCGACGGGUACAUCACUGUGAUUUUAUUGGUUGUACAAAAGUGUACACGAAAAGUUCCCAUUUAAAAGCUCAUCAAAGAAUACACACCGGUGAAAAACCUUAUCAAUGUCAAUGGCCCGAAUGUGAAUGGCGAUUUGCACGUAGUGAUGAAUUAACACGUCAUUAUCGAAAACAUACGGGUGCAAAACCAUUUAAGUGUGGUGUUUGUGAACGAUCAUUUGCACGCUCCGAUCAUUUAGCAUUACAUAUGAAACGACAUUUACCUAAAACAAAUAAUAAAUGAUGUUCAAUCAAAU